CUUCCUUUAAUCCCCUCACUUGAAAAGUGGAACGCAGUCCUCAUUCGAGGUGUCAUAGUCGUGCGCGGAGUAAUCAGAGACGCAGCGAUGCUACGAGACUGCGUGUUGCUCGCUGUUUUUUGGGUCGGUGUCGUCCCCUCAGGGAUCCCUCAUGACGCCAUACACUGGACGUACACAGAGGGAGAUUUGGACCAGAUGCACUGGGCGACCAAGUACCCAGCGUGUGGGGGUAGAAAACAGUCCCCAAUUGACAUCCAAAGGCGCAGCGUGAGACACAAUCCGGAUAUGUUGCAGCUGGAGCUUAGUGGAUAUGAUGCUCAGAGAGGAAUUUUUCUCAUGUCCAACAAUGGACACUCGGUCCAAAUUGACCUGCCACCCACCAUGAAGAUCACAAAGGGCAUGCCGGGAAAAUACACCGCUGUUCAGAUGCAUCUUCACUGGGGUGGCUGGGACCUGGAGGCCAGCGGAGCAGAGCACACCAUCGACGGCAUCCGCUAUAUGGCAGAGCUCCAUGUUGUCCAUUACAAUUCAGACAAGUACAAGAGCUUUAUGGAAGCCAGAGAUAAACCAGACGGGCUGGCAGUACUCGCCUUUUUCUAUGAUGAUGGGCAUUUUGAGAACACCUACUACAGUGACUUCAUCUCCAACCUUGCCAAAAUCAAAUAUGCAGGUCAAUCCAUGAACAUUUCCAGCCUCGACGUGCGCUCCAUGCUCCCUGAGAACCUCAACCAUUUCUUCAGGUAUCAGGGCUCACUCACCACACCGCCCUGCUACGAGAGCAUCCUCUGGACAGUGUUCGAUACACCCAUCACCCUUUCGCAUAACCAGAUCAGAAAACUCGAGAGCACACUGAUGGACAUCUAUAAUAAGACCCUGUGGAAUGACUACCGCAUUGCUCAGCCUCUAAAUGACCGAGUGGUGGAGUCAUCUUUCCUUCCUCGACUUGGGAAAGGAUCAUUCUGCCGACAAGAUGAAAUUGAAUCCAAGCUGCGGAAAAUUGAAGGCCUGAUCACGUCUCUUGGGAAAAACCUGUACUCAGGUGGACGACAUAGCUCGCGGCCAAGCAAAUAUGAACGUCAAGCUUUGUUUCCUCUGGUGCUGACCUUCCUGUGGGAGAAUUUGGGCAGCUACGCAAAGGCCCACCUCAGCCAUCCGAUGGAUCUCGACUCCUUCACCAUCUGUAUGCACGUCUUUUCUGAAAAGGAGGGAGCGCACAACGUCAUCUCCUACGCCACCGAAGGCGUUCACAACGAGCUGAUGAUCACCAUCAGCGAGGACAGGGACGCCAAGGAGGUGGGCCUGUGGAUCGGCAAUGAGUUCGUCAACCUGCCGUACAACGUCAAGUCCGACAGCUGGGUCAACUACUGCAUCACGUGGACAUCCCGCACUGGCGGUGUCGAGCUGUGGGUCAACGGCAUGGUGGGGGAGCGACGCUACCUAAAAACCGGUUACACAAUCAUCCCCGGGGGGUUGUUCAUCCUUGGAAAUGACCAGGACGGAUUGCUGGGCAUCUCCAACACCGACUCCUUUGUGGGAAAACUGACCGACGUGAACGUGUGGGACUAUGUGCUGACCACAGCGAAUAUUCGCAACCAGAUGUCAUGUGAGGGGAACAGCACGGUGCAGGGAAAUGUGUUCAGCUGGGGGACCACCAAACUUAGCCUGUAUGAGGGGGUGCACCUGGACAGUCAGUAUAGAUGCUCCUGAAACACCCUCAUGUUUCACAAACCAAUAUAGUGGAACUCCGCUAUUUGCGGAGGACGGGGCCUUCGUCCUACCGCAGUCAACAGCAAGUAAUAAAAAAUAUUAACAUAAAUAUACUGUACCACAAAUUAUGCCAAAACAAUGGAAUAUUUCAAACUCAAUUUAUCCUUUAAAUGGCUUACAAUGUGAAAACUCUCCUAACUUCCACUCAGACUAAACAUAUUUCCUCCCCGACGUACUUGUCUAUGAAUCAAGACGCAUCCCUUCGACAUACUUCCUUGAGAUCAUUUUAUUUUUAUCGUUCUAGUUAGGUGGGGUUUUUGUGCCAUCUCAGUGCAUGAUAAAAAAAAAAUUAAAUAAGUGCAACCAACAGACACGGAAUUUGUUUUCUCUCUCGGAGAUAAAGGGAGGCUUGACGCAUACAUAGGGGUGUUGAGAAAUUUUGAAAUAUAUUUAAGAAUAUCAAAUAAAAUGCUUGAGGGGCUAUACAGAUUUCUGACAGGGCUGUAGCACCUCCAACCCUAACCUGACAACAAACAUGAAUAGAUUUUUUUUUCUGCAAAUAGCAACAGAUAGGUGCCCCCCAAAAAUAUGACCAGGCAGAGGAUAACCGUAUCUUAGUGGUGACUUGGGGGCUUUUAGUGCUUCAUCGUGAUGUAUUCAAGGAUAAAAAAGACAUCAAUACAAAAAAA